UCACUGGCAACUCUAUACGUCCUCGGAGAGAGAAAGAGAGAGAGAGAGAGAUGAAGGCAAGUCUAGAAGGAGAGAAGGUGACUCUGGUACCUUACAUGAGAGAGCAUGUCCCAAAGUAUCAUGAAUGGAUGCAAGACCCUUUUCUCCUCCAAGCUACUGGUUCCGAACCCCUCUCCCUUGAUCAAGAAUAUGAAAUGCAACUCUCUUGGACCCAAGACCCCUUAAAGCAGACUUUCAUCAUAUUGGACAGGGAACUAAUUGUUGGAAAAUUCAUCCAUGGAGAACCUCAUGUUGAAGCCAUGGUCGGUGAUGUGAACAUAUACGUGAAUGACUUGGAUGAUCCCCAAAUGGCUGAAGUCGAGAUCAUGAUAGCUGAACCAAAGAGUCGUGGCAAAGGGCUUGGGAAGGAAUCUGUUCUCAUGAUGAUGGCAUUUGCUGUUGAUAAUUUCAAGAUACAUACCUUCCGCGUCAAAAUUGGAGAGCUAAAUCAAGCCUCUCUCGGUCUAUUCCAAAAAUUGGGUUUCAAGGAAACCUCUUACAGUAAAAUCUUCAACGAGAUGACAUUGGAGUUGCCAAUGACCGAGUCAAAGAUUUGUGAGUUACAUCAAUUAAUUGGCAAUAUGGUUACACAUUCAUAGCACCCGAAGACACCUUGUGUGUGUGCUGAUGACAUAGUCAAUGUGCGGUGAGCUGCAUCGGUUAAUUGACAACAUGUUUAUACGUUCAUAUUACCCAGAUAAACCAUCCCCUUCAGUCUUGAGGGUGUUGAGUAUAUUAUUGGAUGAUUAGUUUCAUCCAAAGAUUGUUGAAUCAACGUUUGCGACUUCUACUGAUUUUUCACUAGUUAAUCUUAUCCCGGUGUUCCUCCCGGUUAUAUUUUUUUGGAAAG